CCUCCGCGUUCGCAUUCGCUCGUCUCGCCGUCACAAAACCUCGCCGCCGGUAAUAUUCCCGGGUCCCCACCUUCCCCCCCUCGCGACGCGCUCCUCCUAAACCCUAGGCUCCGGCUCAACCCCACCCCUCCGCCGCCAUGGACGAGGACAGGACCGCCGAUCCCGCUCGCCGCGGCCGCCUCCUCUCGCCGAUGACGAGCGGUCAGGCGCCCCAAACGCCCCCGCCACAGACACAGCCCCAGCUCCCCAUGGACCUCGCCUCCCAGUACCAACGCCGCUUUGCGCCGACGGUUUUCCUCCCGCCGAUGGCGCCGCCCCGCCUGGCGUCCAGCUCCUCCGGCUUCUCGGCCUUCAGCACCUACCAGAGCCUGCCGACGCUCGCGCCACCCGCGCCGGGCGCCGGAUCGCAUCUCGCUCGGUCGCUCCCGAAGCCGCCGCUCUUCUCCGUGGACUCUCUAGCUCCGCUCCCGUACUCCACCGCUCCUGCGGCGGGGGCGGCGGCGGCGGUCCCGCGUUCCCCGCCGUCGCCUGGCGGCUCCGAGCAGCAAGUCCCGUCCGCGUCCGUCCUGCCGCCGCGUGGGGCGGGGCACCGGAGGUCCCGUAGCGAUUUCCUCGUCGGGUUCUCGCGCCCGAACCAGCUGCCGCCCCUGCCGAUGACGACUCCUGCGGCUGGGGACUACAGCAGGUCGAGGGACGCCUCCGUGCUCGAGGAGCUAUUCCGCUCGUACAGGGACCCGAACCUGCUCGUCUCCUCCGGGUCCGGGGGUAGCAAAAACGAAAGGAACGACCACCUAAGCAGCAGCCAACGCGGUUGGAGCCCCGCUGAUAGCAGCGAGAAUGAGGCUGAGAGCUGGGCGGCUAGUGGCAAUGGCAACGGCAGCGGCAACGGCAACGCAGACAGCAGCAGCGCUAGCCAUCCUCGCCAUUGCCGCAGCCUGUCGGUGGACAGCAUCAUGAGCAAUCUCAACUUUGGAGGCCCGGGCCAGGUUCCUCUGAGACUGCCGCCUGCGUCUCCGGUGGCAGUCGCCGGCGGCAGCCUCUCGCGCGCUGGAAGUGGGGCAUCGGGCAGUGCGGUUGCGACUGCUUCUUCUGAACUUAUCAACGGAGAGUUCACCGAGUCUGAGAUGAAGAAGAUCAUGGCCAAUGAUCGCCUCGCUGAGAUCGCUCUUGCUGAUCCUAAGAGGGUCAAGAGGAUUCUUGCUAAUCGGAUCUCGGCAGCAAAGUCCAAGGAGCGCAAGGUGAAGUACAUGGGUGAGCUUGAGCGUAAGGUUCGCGUGCUGCAGAUGGAAACUAGCACACUAUCUUCGAAAGCAGCAUCGUCGCAGAGGGAAUGUGAGGCACUUAAAACUAUGAACAGUGAGAUGAAGAUCAGGCUGCAAGCAAUGGAGCAGCAAGCACAGCUGAAAGAUGCUCUGAAUGAAGCACUGACUGCAGAAGUGCAUCGUCUGAAACAAAUUGCUGGUGAGGCCAGUGAUCCUCAUGUGCCGAACGGUUCACAUCAUCAUAUGAACCGCCAGAUUCUCGAACAGCAGCUGCUGCAGCUACAGCAGAAGCAGCCAUCAGACGCCCAGCAGGCUCAGCAGCAGCAGCAACAGGAAUCAGAGCAGUUCAAAGCUCAGCAGAAGCAGUGGAACCAUUAAGGAGAUUUCACAGACCUGUUCGGCCCAGCACAUGGUUGAAGGUCACUCAUACUGCAGAUUCAUGAAGGGAUACCUUGUGUUCCCGGAUAUUCGUUUCUUCUUAGGUUUUAGAACAACAGCAGUUGGAUAUUCCGUCUUUUGUGGUUUCUUGCAAAGCUAUUUGGUUUCAUUGGUUGUUGGAUGUUGGUAAUGCCUGGGUGGAUUCUGUGUUGUACAAACUUUUAGUCUCUGUAAUUUUCCGCUAGAAUUAUUAAAAUCAUUUUUAGGUACAUUUGUGUUGCGAAUUAAAGGGGGUCAAUUGUGGGCCACAACAUAUUCUGUAGAUGCGGAUGCGUGAAAUCCUGCAGCUAUUCAUUAAUCAUUCUAUUCGAAGUUCA